UGCUCUAAAUUGAUAAUGAAAUCAAUCAAAAUAUUUCGAGAACGUUACCGCUCGCGAAAUUUAUUCCAAUAUUCCAAUUUAAAAUGUUAAUUUAACGACGAAUAUUCGUAAAAUGUGAUAUAUACUAUUAUUAACACAAUGUAUCGAUUAUUGAAGGUGGCUUCUGUGCAAGUAAGCGGUUCCAAACUGCCUAAAUUGAAGUUCAAUCAACCUUCCUUGUUUCCUUGCAGUUUAUGUAAUCGAGAUGUUAUAUUAUCCGGUAAACCUCACAAUAGCAAUAAGUUUUUCACCAGGACCUUGACCACAUCCGAACUAGCAAGUUUACGAGCUAUUAUCAAAAAACGUAAGAAAAUUAAAAAACCCAAGAAGAAAUAUGCCGAAUUGGUUGAAAUUAACGAGGACAGUAGCAAGACGACUAAAGCAGUUGUGAAAAAUCUUACUGCGCGCCAAAUAUCCAAACUAACCGAACAACCGGAUUCAUCUUUGAAAUAUUUGCAUAAUGCUGUCAAGCCAGCUUCUGUUUUACUUCCUGAACCCGCGGAAACCGCGGAAACCACCAGUGUUGCUGUUCCAAAUCCUCCCAAUCAACCCGAUGAAUAUCCAGCGUUGUUUAAUCCUGCUAAUUUAUUCCCCUUGAAGGACGAUUUUUUCGAGCAAGAGAUAGAAAAAGAAUUAGAAUGGGAGUUGAUUCAAAGAAAUAAAGAAGACGUUGAAAUGAUACCAGAAAUCAGUUUCUUGAAAGAUCUCGAUGAAACUAAAACCAGUGAAGCAUCCAGUAAACAAAAUGUUCUCGAGAAAAUUAAAUCUAAAGCGAAAAGUGUGAAGAAUCCGGAGGCGGCAGAGAAAGUCAAACAAUUGAAAGAACAAGAAAUUCAAUUUAUUAUAGAAAAAUUCAAUAUCAACUUGACAUCGUAUAUCGAUUUAUGUGUGCAUUGUGAUUAUUUAAAUAUCGGUUUCGGCACCCUCAGUCGAUACACGAAUAAGAACAUCAACAAAAAAAUAUUUCAAAUCAGAAGCGCUCGUCCAUUUAAUUCUCUAAUGCACGGAUAUGCAAAAAAGGGUAAUGUCGAAAAGGUGAUGGAACUCUUACGUAUGAUGAGACAUACUGGCGUAAGUCCAAAUCCUCAAUCGUACGCUGCGGCAUUUGAAACGUUCGGCAGAUUACCCGAAGAUGAAAAUAAUAUAGCUAAGCUUCAAUUUUUACAUCAAGAUAUGAAAAGCAAAAGUUUCGAUUUCCAACAUCUUUUCGAUCACUGUACGUAUCUUGGUGAUCAAAGAGAACACGUUUUGAAGGCUGUUCGACGUCUAGAUGCAGACUUCGUUCCACAUUAUCAUCCUCCCAUGCUGCAUUACAAUUGUAGCUUGUUGAAUGAACUAAAUAAACCGUCUGGUAAAAAAUAUAAAUCUCCUUGUCGAGAAUUAGUAAACGAUGAGCAAAUGGAGAAUUAUAUACAAGAGCAACUUAAAAUCGAAUUAUCAUCUCCGAUGAAGAUUAAAUCGGUUGUGGCGCUUUCCGAACUCACUGAUGAAAUAAAACAAUACAGAGCUAAAUGGCGUGAAUUAGAAGAUAUGUGGAGAAUGUCAAUUCGAGAAGCGUUACAGAGAGAUCUGGAAUUGAUGAAAAUCCAGCAGAAUUCUACAAAAUCAUGUUACGGCAUUAAUAUUUAUCCGUAUUUGAAAGCUUUGACGCACGAGCAAUUCGUUGAUAUAAUUUUACAAGAAAUUCGCCGUCUGGUCCAAGGCUCGGAGACAUUCAGUCCGAAUUUGAGAGUAUUGUACAAACAGCUUGGCCAUCAAGUUAGAUUAAAGUAUCAAAUAAAACAUAGGCAACAGCAUGGUAUUAUGGAUAAAAUAGAAAAUGUUUACAAAAAUUAUUGCAAAUGGUAUCUGAAUCCUGAACUCAACUCGAAAUCUCUCAAUACCAGACAUCAAUGGCAAAAUUUGUUGCAUAGUACAGCUUCUGAAGGAGCCUCUUUGGACGACAAAGAAGAACUUUGGCCACCUGGAGUAGUCCACGAAAUAGGCAAAUUUCUGUACAAUAUAAUCAUCAAAGAUGUUAAAACCGACGUAAACUGUUUAAAACAGAAUAGUACUCCCGAAUAUCUUCCAGCUUUCUACUCGUUGUUCCGGUAUCAAGGGCAUAUGUUACUCGAGGAAUUGAAACCGCAUCCUCAGUUGGCCCGAUUGUAUAAAGAAAUGGUCAGCGAUGAUUUAUUCUUCGAUGUGAACAUGUUGCCUAUGGUGUCACCGCCGGUACCUUGGACAUCUGUCAAUAAUGGCGGAUACGUUCUCGCAAAAGCUGAUUUUAUUAGACUUCACUACGGUGUUUCAUCGAAAGUAGUCGAGGAAGCGGCUCCCCAACGAUUAUAUCCGGUUUUCGAUUCGCUCAAUCAGCUGGGCUCGAUUCCUUGGAAAAUCAACGAAUCUGUAUUAGAUGUCGUGUUGGAGGUAUUCAGAAAAGGAGGAUCGACUCGACUGGAUAUUCCUCUACACGUUUCAGCUUUUACAAAUACUAAUGCAUCUCUCGAUUCGAGCCAAAAAAGCUUAACUUAUCAAGAAAGAGCUGCUCAAAGUCGACGCAAAGCUGAAAUGUUCGGUCUCUGGUGCGAAGCUCUGUACAGAUUAUCGUUGGCCAAUCAUUUUCGUAAACGGGUAUUUUGGUUGCCUCAUAAUAUGGAUUUCAGAGGAAGAGUGUAUCCGGUGCCUCCUCAUUUGACGCAUUUAGGUAACGAUAUGGCGAGAUCGUUGCUGGUGUUCGCGAGAGGCGAGAAAUUAGGUCCCAAAGGGCUAGAUUGGUUAAAAAUCCACUGCAUCAAUUUGACCGGAUUAAAGAAACGCGAACCGUUAUCAGAACGGUUACGUUACGCCGAAGAAAUUCUAGCCGAUAUUUUAGACUCGGCCGAAAACCCACUGACUGGUAAAAUGUGGUGGGCUGAUUCGGAAGAGCAAUGGCAAACGUUAGCAUGCUGUAUGGAGAUCAAGAAAGCAAUCGACAGCGGCGACCCGGAAAAUUACAUCAGCCAUUUCCCAGUUCAUCAAGAUGGCUCGUGUAAUGGUCUGCAGCACUACGCUGCUCUCGGUAGAGAUCAAGCUGGCGCCGAAAGUGUCAAUUUGGUCCCUUGUACUAUUCCCCAGGAUGUUUACAGUUGUGUUGUUACUUUGGUGGAACGAGAACGAUUGAAAGAUGCCGCAAAUGGAUCAGAAAUUGCAAUAGCUCUCGAAGGAUUCAUUAAACGUAAAGUAAUCAAGCAAACGAUUAUGACAACUGUCUACGGUGUGACGAGAUACGGCGCAAGGCUGCAAAUCGCCAAACAGCUCAAAGAUAUCGAUAGUUUCCCGAAGAACUUGGUAUGGGGUGCUUCAACGUACUUGACGUCGAAGACGUUCCACUGUUUACAAGAAAUGUUCACAUCGUCUCGAGAAAUUCAGAAUUGGUUGACCGAUUCCGCCAAAUUCAUAUCGGGCACAUGUGGUAAAAAUAUCGAAUGGUUGACUCCACUUGGAUUACCAGUUAUGCAGCCGUAUUCUAAAAAAAGGGUGUCUCAUUUAUUAAACGACAAAAAUGGCAAAUUGAGUCAAGUCAGCUUAGACGUUGUUUUAAAACCAAACGCUGUGAAGCAAAAGAACGCAUUUCCACCCAACUUCGUCCAUUCGUUGGAUUCUAGUCACAUGAUGUUAACUUCAUUAUUCUGCGAACGCGAAAAUAUCACCUUCGUUUCGGUCCACGAUUGUUUUUGGACCCAUCCUUGCACCGUCGAUGUGAUGAACGAAAUUUGUCGCAAGCAAUUCGUAGCUCUUCACUCGGAACCGAUUUUAGAAAACUUGUCAGCCUAUUUAUUGAGAAAGUUUCACAAUUCCUAUCCAUACAUGCCCGAGUACGGCUGUAAAUUACCUCACGAGGUACUGGCAAAAGUGCCCGGAAAAGGAAAAUUCGAUUUGCAGAGCAUCCUGCAGUCUACUUACUUCUUCAGUUAGAAUGGUGCUGAUAACGUAGCAAAUAUCAGUAGUUUAUCGAAUUCUAUAAUAUUUUACUUGUUUAUGUACCUAGACUUACCUGUGUUAUUAUAAAUCACGUUGAUUUUUUUCCAAUUUGUUAUAAAAUAGUAUUAUACGUUCAGCGAAUGUGAAUUUUA